AUGUCGUCGCUCUUCUCGGCCCAGCUCCACCCUGGCCGGGCUCUGGGCUUUCUCGUCCUCGGAGCCUCCUUACACGAUGUCUUGACCCGCCUCAAGGCUGAACCCCAGCGGUUCCCGAAGCUUGACCUCAUGUACACCUCGGCCGACCCGGUGAAGGAGCCCGUCGUCGUCAGACUCCCAGCGAACGGAAUACGGUUGCGCUUCGACGGUCCCGAGCAGCGGCUGCGGCUGAUCGAGGUGCUUGACUUUACCAAGAAUCACAUCUUUCUCAAACCGGCCAACGAUAAAGAGCGGGAUCUCGUGCGGCCUACGACGGAAGACGCGCCGCCGGCUGAUGCCACACCCGGGCCAACGUUCCGUCACAUUUACCAGCGGUUUUUGGGGCCUACAUAUGAUGGAGAAUACCUGCCGUCUGUUGAGAUGUACGUGCUGUCGUACCCUGGCGUGGCAUUCACGUUUUCCAUGAAGAAAAAGGAAUACUCGCCGUCCAAGGAUGUUGUGUCCCUGCUGCAUUCAACCGCCAUCCCGACAUCUAUGGCCGUGUUUAGCGGCGACUCGUGGGUCCAAGCCCGUGGCACGAUGUGGACAGAGAUACUCCCCAGCAUCAAGACGUUCGCCCCGCUUGCAAAGGGUAAGGAGACGAGUCCGGAUGAAGUUUCGCUGGUGAAGAUUUACGGGGGCGGCAAUCUCCAGCUCUUUCGGAAGUGGACCAACAAUUCCUUCUGGAUUAUGCUCGGCGAGACAACCCCACAACAGUUGGUGGCUGAGCUGGGGCCGCCCGACGCCAUUUACCGCAAGAGCGAUCAGAGGAUGUACAUCCACAAACUGCGGGCCACAAGCAACCCCGUGGCUGGCCCCGGCGGCAGCGAUAUGAAGCGGCAGGAUGACCUGACCGACACCGACCAGUCCUCGCUCCCCGCAUCAGAUGAAUACGACUCCAACGACGAGGCAGUCGAGGACGACAUUGUUGCCAACGUAUCCGGAGAGUGCUUUUAUAACUAUUUCUACCUCGGCUUCGACGUGCUCAUCUCGACGCCCGUCACGCCCUCCCGACCGCCGCCAUCACAGCACGGGAAAGACGAUGUCCCUCAACUGGGCUUUGCUUCUACCGCUGCGGAUCGCCUGGUCGCUAUAAAAGUCAUCCUUCACGGAAACGUCCCAGGUUCCUACCCGUUCAACCGUCACCGCCGCUGCCGCUGGGAGAUUGCCUACCUCUCCUCGCCUAACGCGGGCAGCGUUACAAACUCGGAGACGCCCUUCGGGGAGGUGGAAGAGCGGCUUCGGGAAGAAUGGAAGUCUGUCUAUGCGUCUGAGGCUGACGCUCGGCAGAAACAGCGGGGCAUGGUGCUUAACCGCGGGUGGGGGGACAGCCCGGGGAGCAGCUGUGAGUUGCUGGGCGGGUGGGAGGAAGGCGGCGCAACGAACCCUGGCGUCGGCAAGGGCCGCGGGGAGGACUCGACCACGACGCUGUAUGGGUUUCCGGGGCUGGUGUUUGAGGUGUUGAAGAACGGCUGGGUGAGCGCCGUGACUGUGUUUUAA